AUGGCCACGUUCCACUCCGUCACGGGGCUGAUCUGCAGAGAUGCCGGAGCCCUCGUCUGCAGACGGCUCUGCUUGCGCCGAGCUGCCGGAUUCCUAUUGCCGACAUCAGCCAUUCAAAGGUGGUUAAGAAAGUGUGUAAUGUUUCUUUUUGACUCGGCUUGGCUCCUAAUCUGCGGUGAGCUGGCCAUUUCGGAGAAAAUUAAUUUUCAUCAUUUUCUGACGGCCUUUGCCCACUCCUUCCCCAACAGAAUCCGUCAACCUUGGCUCGAAACCGACCAGGACCAGAGCCUCCAACGCCGGAGGUCCACACCAACCAAACACCAAGGAAGGGUAGGACGGGAAAGAAGAAGACGCCUAGCCUCAGCUCAACUGCAGACCGACGAGCAACUGGAGCCAGCCAUCUCAGGCCCGCCGGAAAAUUGUCGGACACCCCAACACUGCUUGGCCGCCCGAGCUCCAGGUAGGGGAAACUCCAUCACAGGGGGAACCGAUUCCUCUCCAGACAACCCUCAGCAGCUCAGGUGUCGCAAGGGGCCGCGGGGGACAAAGCCCCAGCCGGAGAAGAGGUGCGCAGAGAAGAAAUAA